AUGCGUCGUUCUGCUGCAUCGAAGAAGAAAUCGGAUUCAAUCACAUCUUCCACCACGGAUCUCUUUCGCUCAGCUUCGAGUAAGGCGACGACUAAAGAGAUGGAUCGAAUUGAUCAUUUGUUUCAUCAGUAUGCUAAUACUUCUUCCAACCUCAUUGACCCUGAAGGCAUAGAAGAACUGUGCUCCAAUUUGGAAGUGCCUCAUACUGAUAUCAGAAUCUUGAUGCUUGCUUGGAAAAUGAAAGCUGAAAAACAAGGCUACUUUACACAGGAGGAGUGGAGAAGAGGUCUUAAGGCUCUAAGAGCUGAUACACUCAAUAAGCUUAAGAAAGCCCUUCCCGAGCUUGAGAAAGAGGUCAGGAGGCAAUCAAAUUUUGCAGAUUUCUAUGCAUAUGCCUUCCGCUAUUGCUUAACAGGUAUAAUAUUAAACUUCAGCUUCUGCAUUAGAUAUUUGUAUUUCACAUGUUUGUUUACUGUUAAUGCAGAGGAAAAGCAGAAGAGCAUAGACAUAGAGACUAUAUGUCAACUCCUGGAGAUUGUCAUGGGAUCUACAUUCCGUGCCCAGGUUGACUACUUUGUCGAGUAUUUAAAGAUCCAAAACGACUACAAAGUCAUAAACAUGGAUCAGUGGAUGGGCUUUUACAGGUUCUGCAAUGAGAUAAGUUUCCCGGAGAUGACGGAAUACAAUCCAGAGCUUGCAUGGCCAUUGGUUCUCGACAAUUUUGUUGAGUGGAUUCGUGAAAAACAAGCCUGA